AUGGCCAGAAAAAGAAACUUCAAGAAGGGCAACAAGAAAACGUUUGGGGCCAGAGACGAUUCCAAUGCGCAGAAGAACUGGACUGAGCUGCAAAAGGAGAACGAAAAAUGGGAGAAAUACUACAAAGACCUCGGUUUGAUCCCAGAAGACCAAUGGGACGAAUUUAAGAAAACGUGUCAGGCCCAGCUACCUCUCACAUUCAGAAUCACCGGAUCCAGAAAACAUGCUCACGAAGUUCUGUCUCUUUUCGAAGAACAGCAUUUGCCCAAUCUCACCAAUUGCGAGUUCGAAGGUGAAGUCAUCAAGGCGCCAACAAGACUGCCAUGGUACCCAGAAAACCUAGCUUGGCAAUUGGACGUUUCCAAGCAGGUGAUUAGGAAAAACGAGCAGUUUUCGAAAGUACAGAGAUUUCUGGUGGUGGAAAAUGCCGUUGGUAACAUUUCUAGACAAGAGGCAGUUUCUAUGAUUCCUCCUAUUGUCUUGGACGUCCAACCCGAACAUGCAGUGCUCGAUAUGUGUGCUGCUCCAGGCUCCAAAACUGCUCAACUGAUCGAAGCCCUUCAUGCCAAUGAAGACGAACCCAGUGGGUUUGUUGUCGCAAACGACGCGGAUCACAGAAGAUCUCAUAUGCUGGUGCAUCAGUUGAAAAGACUCAACAGCGCCAACCUCGUUGUGGUCAACCACGAUGCCCAAUUCUUCCCUCGUGUCAAGACGGAUAAGGACUCCAACCAGUUUUUGAAGUUCGACAGAGUGCUUUGUGACGUUCCGUGUUCAGGUGACGGUACUAUGCGUAAAAAUGUGAAUGUCUGGAGAGAUUGGUGUACGGGCUCUGGAUUAGGUCUGCACACUGUUCAGCUAAACAUCUUGAAAAGAGGUCUUAAUCUACUGAAGAAAGGCGGCAAACUGGUAUACUCAACUUGCUCCAUGAACCCCAUCGAGAAUGAGGCUGUCGUUGCCGGUGCUCUUAGACACUUUGGUGAUAAAAUCAAGCUAAUUGACUGCCAGGACAAACUACCAGGUCUAGUAAGAAGUAAAGGAAUCAGUGAAUGGCCCGUCAUCGACAAAAAUUAUGUGAAGAAGGAAAAAGGCGACGAAGGUACUCACGACACAUGGUUUCCACCAACCCCGGAAGAAGCGGAAGCGUUUUCUCUUGAUCGCUGCAUAAGAGUUUAUCCUCAUCAACAAAACACUGGAGGAUUUUUCAUCACCGUCUUUGAAAAGAUUGAUGGAGAGGCCGAAGAGAAACCUAAGCGUGCUGGAACAGACGAGCCAAAAGAAGAACUUGUCACUGAGAAAAAACAAAAGACUGAAACAGGUGUUGCCGCCCCUGCUCCAGUAAAAAAGGAAAAACUUCCGAGAGACGCCAAUGAAGAGCCAUUCGUUUUCUUGGAUCCAAAGCAUCCUGAACUUGAAAAAUGCUGGUCCUUUUAUGGAAUUGACGACAAAUUUGAUAAAUCAUCUUGUCUUGUAAGAAAUGCUGCAGGGGAACCAACUCGUGUCAUAUAUUACGCGAGCUCCUCUCUCAGAAACAUCAUUGAAGCUAACGAUGAUAGAUUGAAAUUGAUUUAUUCUGGUGUUAAGCUUUUCGUGUCUCAAAGGUCUGACAUUGAGUGCUCUUGGAGAAUUCAAAAUGAGGCCUUGCAGAUCAUGAAACAUCACAUGAACCCAAGCAGAGUUGCUGACGUUAACAUGGAGUGUCUAAAGAUGUUGUUGAUGGAGUCCUUCCCAAAAUUCGAAGAUAUGGAAGAAAGUCACAUUGAUGACAACUUUUUGAGAAAAAUGAAAUCUCUCUCCGCUGGCUGUGCCUUUGUUAACGUUAAUAGGGGCGAGGACAAGGAAAGCCUGUUCAUGCCUUUGUGGAAUGGAAGUAAAUGCGUCAAUUUGAUGGUUUGCAAAGAAAAUACACAAGAAUUGUUGCAUCGCCUUUUCGGCGACGAAGCUGCACUAAAACAGGCUGCAAAUGCAAAAGAGAACCAGAAAGCCGCAGCUGCAAAAACCGAGGAGACUACAAAUCAGGUUGCAGAAGAAGCAACUCCUGCUCCUGAAGAAUCAGCCCCAGCUGCUGAAGAAGCAACUUCCGCUGCCAAAGAAUGA